AUGUCUGCAUUAUCUGGCAGUUUAUAUCCGAACUCUGAACCAAUAAAUUUGGGAAUACUUUCAACAGAGUCUCCUGAACCGAACGAGCAUAUGGAUACAACUGAUUUACAAGAUUUGCUGAAAUUAAAGAAACGGAGCAUUUAUAAAACCAUUUAUUACUCAUCAUCGUCCGAUGAGGAUGAUUUAAUGAAAACCAAACUAUUGCAUGAUUUUAAGAAUGCAGCCUGUCAAAACUUAAGUGAAACACGCCCACUUCUCAUGAGAAUAGCGUUCUCUCAACUCGAGAAUCGCACCCCUGAGGGUUGGAUAAUGAAAUGUUUUAAGAAUGGAGUUGAUGAUAGAAACAGUGUUGCCAAUUCUAUGAAAAGCUUCCCCACCAAAAUGCACUUACUAAACCGCCAGAUAACCGCCAAAUUUGAUAUGGCCAAAAACCGCCAAAUAAAUCAUAGAGAUUGUCUCUGCUUUAAUAAAAAGAACCUACUAUUGCAUACAAGCCGGCAACGCUGCAAAAAAGCAGAACUACCAACAGAAGAAAAAUAUAACCAGUUCUAUCAAUUUUUAUGCAACAGUAAAAUAAAUCAAGCAGGCUUGGAAAACCGAGGUGGAUGUAAACCAUUGGUGGGUUUGACCAUAUGUUAUGUGCCACAUCAUUUCCUUUGUUGUGAUUGGUUGUUCACCAAUCCGUUCUCUAUCAGCUGUGGUAAAUUACAAAUGGCCGACAGCGUUGUUAAAGUGGUGUGUACGAAGUUUUAUAAUCCAAAUUUUCUUUGUUUUAGCUACGCGAAAACUGGACCUGGGUCCAGGGCCCCACUACAUUGGCAUUUGGUGGAGCAGAGGCUAUUGAAUGAACAGCCCCCUCAUCGGUGGAUCGGACGUAAAGGGACUAACAAUUUGGCACUUCAUGUAUGGUCAACACAUUCAACCGAUCUCACAGUGUGUGCAGUCGCAUGCGACUUCUUUCUCUGGGGCUUUAUAAAAGAAAACGUUUAUGAGCCCCAAGAUUUGUAAAAGCUGAAUACAAGAAUUGGAACUGCCGAGUAUCUACAAGAUGUUUGCAGCUGGAAGAGGUCAUAUUAAACACUUCUUCUGCGAUAAUGGAACAAUUAGACAAGAUUUAUCCUGCAUGAAGAAAAAGAAUGAAAGCUUUACUUGUCGAUCCCAAACAGAAAUAUUUGACCAAAUUUUUUUAAUAAUAGGUAGAUAUAUUUUUUUUAUU